AAAUGUAAGGCAGAGCAGCUUAAAUUGCAGUGCAGUGAAGCUGAUCCAGAACAUGACAAAGACAGUGCAAUGAAAGAAAGUCAUUGGGAGAGAGGACAAGAUGAAAAGGACAUCAGUUUGGCGGAGCACACCACAAAAACAGCAAACACAACCGCUGUAUCAUCAAGUGAAUCGAAUUCUCGAGAAUCCCCAGUGAACCUGGAAGCAUCAGUGUUAGAAAAAAACGAUAAAGGAAAAGGAAAUGAACAGCUGGAGCACCAUCAGGAUGCUGAUCCCAGCCAAAAUCAACAACUGCAGUACCAUGAUGAUUCUUCGCACGCACAUCAGGAUCAGUGUUUAGCCCAUAACAAUGUACAGCAGAAAUACGAAUAUCAGAGUGACUCACAAAAUUUUGGUAAGCAGCAUGAAUUUCCGGAAGAAUUUUAUCAUGAAAAUCAGCAGUAUCAUGAGGCCGUUUAUGACCAGAGUCAGCAUCAACAGCAGGUAGAACAGCAUGAAAAUUCCCCGCCAGGUAACCAUCAGCAGCAACAAGAACAAUCACAGUUCGAUCAGCACACUCAUGCGGAUUUCACUGGCUCGCUGAAGGACGAACUUUCAAUGGCUGUGAUCGGAAUAGCGGAUGAUGAGAGAGCUCUCCAUGCUAAUAACGCUGCCAUGUCAGAAUAUCCGUUUACAGUGGAGAAUUUGAGUCCGGCACCGCACGAUCCACCGCAGUCCGAAAUGAUGGAAGUGAAGCGAAAUUUAAAACUGGAUGAUCUACGAAAGCGCGAUCGGGAAAUAACAGGUCCACUGGAUUUGCGAAAAAGCAUUUAUCAUCCGGACGCGAAAUUAGCGCCAGAAACUCGAUCACUGGCAGACGUUUGUCUUUUUCACCACUUUAUUAUUAAAAAGUAUUAA